AUAUACAUGUGUGUGUGUGGGUAUCUAUAUGUAUGUGUAUUUCCCUUCAGAGAAAAUUUCAAUUCUGAAUGAUGAUAACGACAAUCCGGUGAUUCAAUUCAUUCAAUAGCCCAAGGCUGCUGCAAAUAUUCAUCUUUCUGAGUUUCUGUCGGUUGAAUUUGGAAGGCACGUGAUUCUCACGGACGUGCCCAUAUAUCCCGUCUUCGCGGCAUCAAGCUGCUUCAUUCGCGUCUUCGUUUCUGCUUCUGGCGCCUUCGGGCAAGAGCAACGGGGAAAUCUCUCCAGAGUUCUAAAGACCAGGAUUCCUCCUUUGUCAAGAACUCUGCGUUACUCUUGCCGCAUCUCUUUCCAUUUCCAUGCCCAAUGGCUUCUUUGUCAGGAUAACCGAAUCGGGAAUUGUCAGCUGAAAUCCGCCCGCUAGUCUGUGCUGCCUGCCCUUCAUCCAAAAAUGGGCUGUUUCUACUCUAAGGCAGGACGUAAGAGAAGGUCACCUGUGGGGGAGGACCCUUUAGUUCUGGCAUCAGAGACAGCCUUCAGUGUUAGUGAGGUUGAAGCACUGUUUGAGCUUUUCAAGAGCAUCAGCAGUUCGGUUGUUGAUGAUGGACUAAUCAGCAAGGAAGAGUUUCUCUUGGCGAUUUUCAACAAUAAAAGAAAGGACAAUCUCUUUGCUGGUCGAAUCUUUGAUAUGUUUGAUGUUAAGAAUAAGGGAGCCAUUGAUUUUGGCGAUUUUGUUAGAUCACUCAGUGUCUUCCACCCUAAAGCAUCACAAGAAGACAAGAUAGACUUUUCAUUUAGGCUUUAUGAUAUGCAGAAUACUGGUUUUAUUGAGCGCCAAGAGGUCAAGCAAAUGUUAAUUGCUCUUCUUUCAGAAUCUGAAAUGAAGUUGGCCGAUGAUGCAUUAGAAAAAAUACUUGAUAAGACUUUCUUGGAUGCUGAUACAAAUCAAGAUGGGAAAAUAGACAAGUCCGAGUGGGAAAACUUGGUUGCCAAGAAUCCAUCGCUACUAAAAGUCAUGACCCUACCCUACCUGAGGGACAUAACAACCACCUUCCCAAGCUUUGUUUUUAAUUCCAAGGUGGACGAAAUCACAAAGUGAGAAGUUAUCUAUUUAGUUUUUGCAGUUAGGAGCUAUAGGUGUAGUUUUGUUUCCCGCGAGAAAUUUAAGGUCACUGCAUAUAUGGUCUAGUGAUAAAUAUGUAAAGUAUUAUUCAGAGGAGUUCCAUUGAAAUCCCUCUUCCGUCGUGUGCCGGAUUUAUUUUGAAGAGGGAUAAAGUAUUUUGCCUUGCCUCGUUUAUUGUGUUUGUAUAGUUUGGGGUAACUGGCUAAUUGAUGUUUCCUAUAGGAAAAAUUGCUAACCAUUUUCAAAGAGUGCAUAAAUAAGAAUAGAGGCGUACUUUACUUUGUCCUGAAA